GCGCUGCCGAGCAAGCAACGCGUGCGUGUGCUCGCUCACUCGCUCGCUGCUGCUGCUGCUUGCGGUGCACGCUCUGUUUAAAGGGACUCCAAGAUCGCCAUUUCGCGAUUCGUGCACGAGCGCGGGGUGGCGAAUCGAUUCUGCUGCGCUGUGCGAGUCUCGAUUGCACGACCGUUGCUAAAAACAAAAACUCAAAGACAUCGUUUAUCCCAAAUCUCUCGAUCCCCACCCCCCCGCUGCUCAUUCAGCGUCGGAGAACUGGGUUCGACACGGAGAUGGGGAUUCUGAAGCUCACCGACCUGAUCUCUGACGAGGCGGGCGCUGCCGUGCACUAUAAGGUGCUCGAGGACUACCGAGAUCGGCGCCUGGCUGUGGACGCUUCCAUCUUCCUCCACCAGUUCGCCAGCAGCAUGGGCUACAUGCGGCACAGCCACCUGCUGGGCACGUUCUACCGCACGGUGGGACUCAUGGAGCUGGGAAUCCUCCCCAUCUUCGUGUUCGAUGGCCCCCCACCCAUCCUCAAGGCUCCCCUGCUGAAAAAGCGCGCAGCGGUGAGGCAAGUCGCCAUCGAAGCUUUUCGGGCGGCCAAGGAGGCUGCAGCAAAGGCAAACGCCGAGGCCACCGAUUCGCCAGUUCCGGCGGAGACUUCGACGACCCCAGGGUGGACCGAGCUCACCAGUGCCGAGAAGAGGGACACGUUUGAGCAGGAGUGCAUGAGGAUGCUGAAGCUCAUGGGAGUGCCCGUCAUUAAGGCCAAGAGCGAGGCGGAGGCCACGUGCGCGGCGCUAGUGCUCGCUGGGAAGGCGUAUGCGGUGGCCACCGAGGACAUGGAUGCGCUGCCCUUCGGCACGCCGGUGCUCGUGCGUGGCCUCAAGAUUCACAACAACCCGACUCUCAAAGAAAUUUGCCUGUCGGAGGUGCUCGCCGGUCUGAAGCUGACGCAAGAAGAGUUCAUUGACCUUUGCAUCCUGCUGGGCUGUGACUAUUGCGAGUCCAUCACUGGCAUGGGCCCUAAGAAGGCCCUGCCCCUCAUCAGGAAGUACCACAGCAUUGAGGGCAUCCUGAAGCACCUGGAUACCAAGAAGUUUACUGUGCCCACCGCUUGGGACUUCAAGGGAGCCCGUGAACUCUUCAAGAACCCGUCCGUGUGUCUGGAGGGGGUUCCCGAGAGCCUGGUGGCCUCUACUCCGGACGAGGAGGGCCUGGUGCAGUUCCUCGCGGUGGAGAAGCAUGUCAUCAAGGAGGAUCGCAUCCGCAAGGGUGUGGAGCGACUGAGGUUUUACUCGCAGGCGACCAAGCAGAAGAGGAUUGACAGCAUCUUCAAAUCCAGCAAGCGGCAGCGGAAGGCGGAACAAGCGGAGGAGGAUGCGGCGGGCGGGAAGAUGGGAAAACUGGAGGAUGCGGAGGAAGUCGACGACGAGAAGGAGGAAGAUACUGGGCCACCACUGCCCAUCAACUCUCCGGCCUGCGUUCUGUAACGCACCCCCGCAGCACUGAGGCCACUCCGCCACCACUCUCAUUCCUGUAGUGACAGUAGUGCACAUCGAGGGCGGCUGUGACCUUCCUUUAGAAGAAGGGAGGAGCACAACGCUUGGGGUUUAGUGAUGUGCGGGUAGUGGGUGAGUGGUAGUGGUGGUGGUAGGGAGAGAAGGAUAGGUGCUGGUUCUCGUGCGGUCAGCAUCUGGGGGUUAGUGGUUGGUAUCGGUUCGUUGGGCUGGGGUCGUGGAGCAGAGUUGAGUCGGAGGUGAGGACAACGAAAAAAAGUGAUUUGAUAUUUUUUUCUCCAUUUGAAGAAAACAACGGAACAUUUGUUUUGCCUUAAUGACACUAUUGUCAUUAACUCUUACAAUAGGGUUUUUAGUAGUUUAUGGAUGGAAACUCCAUGAAUUCUGGAAUGAUUUGCAUCAAUAUUCCAUGAUUUCUGGGAAUAUUUACAUGGAAUUCCAUCAUUUAUGGAAUAAUUAUAUGGACAUUUCCAAAUUUCUGCAAUAAUUUCGAUCGAGAUUGAACCUUUCCUGGGAUGAGUUGUAAACAUAUUCCAUAAUUUAUGGAAUACUUGAAAAAAACAGCAACCAGCAUGUUCUUUCGACGUGACCACUUGUUUGUCCGUCUCUCCCACCCAGCCAGCAAAACGUUAUCUGAUAACGAGAGCCUUGUUUCUCACAACCUUUUUCUUCGCUACUCUGCACUGUAUAUCGAGAUGAAUCUCUAUUUCUCACGUUGUCUCUGUCUGUGUCUCUCUUCAUGCCCCCUCUUCUCCCUCCCCCUCAAUAUUCCUCUCCCCCCUCCACUAUGUCUCACUUCCCUCCCCCCUGUCUCCCUCCCUGUAUCUCUCUCUACUCUCACUCUCGCUCUCCUUAUUCCCACAUCUCCCUUUCCUCUCUUGCCUCUCCCUAAUAUUCCCUCCCACUGCUUGUUGCUAUACCUCACUCUCUCUUUCCAUUUUGCUCUAUUACCUCCCUCCCUCCCUCCCUCCCUCCCUCCCUCCCUCCCUCCCUCCC